AUGUUGCGCCUGGGGCGGUCGCGCCUGAGCCAUGCCCUGCGUCGAGAUGCCCUGCGUCCGACGCGCGCCUUUCCGCGAGCCUCGCGGGGCGUGCGUGGCUUUGGAAGCUCCGUGGGCGAGGCUUCAGGGAGUCCAGGUGACGUGACUGGGCGGCGGCUGAGUGGCCCUCUUCGACUCUUUGGGCUCGCGCUGGGUUCGGGCGCCGCAGGCGUGGGUCUCUCAUACUGGAGGAGACCAAGCGAAGAGAUCGAGCUGCCCGCCGUGCCGGAGCCUGAAGCCUUUAUUCACCCCUACGAGACAUGGCCUUGGUAUCAGAAGGCCUGGUUUGCCUUCAAACGCUCUGUGUUCUUGGCCUUCGUUUUUGCACCCUUCAUGUGCGCAUCCUUGGUGCUCCUGGUGAAGAAGGAGAAUGGCAAUGCUGGAUACUGGAGGGAAUUCUGGUUGCAACAGAUGUUGGAAUGCACGCAGCGCGCGGGUGCGGCCUUCCAGAAAUUUGGACAGUGGCUCUCGAUGCGGCCAGAUAUGUUUCCGCCCGACGUCAUCCUAGUGCUCAGCAAGCUGCGCGCGGACGCGCCGGCGCACCCGGGCACAGUGAGCCGUCAAAAGCUGAGGGAACACCUGGGCAAGGAGGUGGAAGAGCUCUUUGAGGAAUUUGAGGAAGAGCCGGUGGCCAGUGGUUCCGUCGGUCAAGUGCACCGCGCUCGCCUGCGCCCGGAACACGCCCUGGAUGGCCCAGGUGGACAUUUGCGUGAAGUGGCCGUGAAGAUCCAACACCCCGGCGUCAUCGAAAGCGCCUUCAUGGAUUUGAACAUCGUUUGGAAGAUCGUGGAGUUUUCAGAGAACUUCUUGCACAUGACGAUGCCAUUCGACCGGAGUGACUUUGACGGUGUGAUCCAAGCACAGAUGGAUUUCACCCGCGAAGCCUUUAACUUGCAACAGUUCGCCAAGAACUUCAAGGGUGAAAGCUGUAUCCGCUUCCCGAAGGUCUCUUCACGCUUUGUGACUCCAGAAGUGUUGGUGGAGACAUGGGAAAGUGGCGAGCUCAUUUCCAAUAUCAUGGAGGACUUUGACAAUGCCAAGGCCAAAUGCCAGGACGCUGUGAGCGCGCUGGAAGAGAAGAAACGCCAGGUGCAAGGAAAGUUAUCCAAGAUCCUCUAUGACAUGAGCAUGAAGAUGAUGGUGAGGGACAAUUUUGUCCAUGGCGACCUACAUGGGGGCAACAUCCUUUAUUCCAUGUCAGAUGACCACGUGACCGUGCUUGAUGCUGGCAUCGCCACCUCCUUGGAGAAGAGGACCUUUGCUCCCUUCGGUGUGUUCCUGCAUGCGCUUUGUUCUGGCCAGACCGACAUCGUCGUCGACUACCUCCAGCGAUUUAACGAGUCCAAGAUCUGCGUCAACACGAAGCAGCUGAAGACGGAUAUUCAGGAAACCAUGGACAAAUACAUGGGCCCUUUCAGACUGAAUCAGCACGGCCCUCUCAAUGCGGCGGAUAUGUUUGGAGAGGUGAUGUUCACCUUGCAGAGGCACGGCAUGCUCCUGAAAGGAGAUGUCGCCUCGACGCUCUUCACCAUUUCCAUCAGUGAAGGCUUAGUGAGGCAAUUGGAUCCCACCUUUGAUGUGGCCAAGCAGGCGUUGCCGUACAUCGCCAAGUACAUGGGUUCUGUCUUGAACCAUUUUUGA